AUGGCGUACAAAAGAAAGAGAAACGUGAAAAUAGACAACAGUCAACCAUAUUCUAUAUACAAGCCCGGUGUUUCCGAAGCAUCAUCCCUAGAGGAAUACAUUCCUCCAUCGCUUGAUACAGGAAUGGAGGCGGACGAAGAGAAGGAGCUUCAUCUGAAGAAGAUAAUGGAGGGAGAAAAGGGAAGUAUUCCUAUUCCGGUUAUAGUUGAGGUGUACAAUCCUGCACGGGAAGCAUAUGGCAGAUAUACCCCUAGGCGUAGGUAUGUAGAAUGGAGCGGAGAUGCAGAGAAUAAGUAUCUGCUAAGUGAUGAAGACAAAAAAAUAUGCAGAGAGCGCGGAAUAAGCGAAGAGGAAUUUUACAAGCUGUUGUGUACUUUAUCUCGGGAACAAAGACUUGUGGAAGGUAAGGAAGGGCUUAUUAAGAUGUUAUCAUCCAGAGUAUUAAUCAGGAACGAGAACUUUAGUCCGCUUGCCUAUGUAUGCUUUAGAAAAAGAAUCAUCAAGCCCAACAGAAGAAGCAGAAGAAGUGAGGAGCUUUCCAAGGAGAAAGUAGAAAGAAUGUGGAAAGAGCUUUAUCUACUAGAAGUUUUAUGCAGUCUUUAUUGCAAAAGAAAUGAGCUGGAAAGGGACUUGGAGAACGUGGAGUCUAACUUAUUCCAAACAUCUUGUUUACUGAUCAAGAGUAGCUCCAGGAGGGCAAGAAAGAGAAUCGGGAGGAAAGUUCUGAAUAAACAGGGAGGGACAUCUAAGGACGGGCCAAAUGCCACAAAUGGGACUAUUGGGGGUAUUAUAUUUGACAGAACAAGAAUCAGGCUGCUAAGACAAAGAAUCCGGGAAUCCAAGGAGAGAGUACGUAUGGGUGAAUAUGAUUCUGAGAUACAAGCCUACAAAAAGUACAAUGAGCUGUAUAGAAUGUAA